AUGAUGAUAGUACUCGUUUUGCUCGUAUUUCUCACUACGACAGUUGCAAACCAAAUCGAUCUAUCUUUCAAUUGGUCUGAUCAUCCCAACUCUUUCCCGAAGGUUCUGGAAGAACUAGGCAUCGAAAUGAGUAACGAAAUGGCCGGUUUACAACCCGGUAAUGGUCCCUUGGGCACAGGUGCGAAUGCGGCUCGUAACCGGCCGGUUGCAGUUGAUGGUGCUGGACUGCCCUCGGUUAAUGCCAGUGGUCCAGGGUCCACUAACGACACGAUUGACGAGGAUGACCUUGAAGCCCGUCUGGCUCGACUCAAGCGGGGCUGA